GGACGCAGGGAGGGGAUGAGGGCGACCUGUGUCGCCUCCCCGGGCAGCAGAUCGCCUCCGGUGGUAGCCAGUGCAUGGCAGCGAUGCAGCCCCCGGAGCCGGCUCGGGCUGGCGGAGGCCCUUCCAAUGGCACCUGGUGGCCCAACUCCAGCACCAGCCACCUCCCGAGGGAGAACUACACCUUCCUGGCGUACUACCAGCACUCCUUCCCCGUGGCCCUCAUGUUCAUCCUGGCCUACACCUUCAUCUUCCUCAUGUGUGUGGUGGGCAAUGUCCUGGUGUGCUUCGUCGUGGUGAAGAACCGCCAGAUGCGCACGGUCACCAACAUGUUCCUGCUCAACCUGGCCAUCAGCGACCUGCUGGUGGGCAUCUUCUGCAUGCCCACCACCCUGGUGGACAACCUCAUCACAGGCUGGCCCUUCGACAACACCAUGUGCAAAAUGAGCGGCCUGGUGCAGGGCAUGUCCGUCUCCGCCUCCGUUUUCACGCUGGUCGCCAUCGCUGUGGAGAGAUUUCGCUGCAUCGUCCACCCCUUCCGGCAGAAGCUGACGCUGAGGAAAGCGCUGCUGACGAUCGCCAUCAUCUGGGUGCUGGCCCUGCUCAUCAUGUGCCCCGCUGCCGUCACCCUGACCGUCACCAGGGAGGAACACCACUUCAUGGUGGACACCUACAACAACUCCUACCCUCUCUACUCCUGCUGGGAGGCCUGGCCAGAGACGGGGAUGAGGAGGAUCUACACCACUGUCCUCUUCUCCCACAUCUACGUGGCUCCCCUCGCCCUCAUCGUGGUCAUGUACGCCCGCAUCGCCUUCAAGCUCUUCAAGUCGGUGGCGCCCGCCCACGGCGGGGAGGAGCCGGAGGGGAGGAGGAUCUCCAGGAGGAAGGCCAAGGUCAUCAACAUGCUCAUCAUCGUCGCCCUCUUCUUCACCAUCUCCUGGCUGCCCCUCUGGACGCUGAUGCUGCUGACGGACUACGGGCGGCUGAGCGAGGGCCAGCUCCGCCUGCUCGCCGUCUACGUCUACCCGUUCGCCCACUGGCUGGCCUUCUUCAACAGCAGCGCCAACCCCAUCAUCUACGGCUACUUCAACGAGAACUUCCGCCGCGGCUUCCAGGAGGUCUUCAGGGCCCCCCUCUGCCAGCGCCGGCCCUACACCCCCCGGAGCCGUGGGACCCUCUUGGGCACCCGCAACCGCGUCUUCACCCAGGCGCCAACCAGCGACUCGCCAGCCGCCUCCAAGUCGGGGCUGCCGGCCCCGCGCCGCGCCGGCGUCCCCGCGUGGGAUGGAUGAGGAGCCGUGGCCACCAAACCACUCUGGACCAAGGGCUUGUGGGGUGGGGAGUGGGGAUUUGCCAUGUUACGGCCACAGGGCAUCGAAAUAAAGGUGUAUCCUACUGACGACUUGGCUCGGCUGCUCCACUUCUCCCAUGGCACCACAGGCCCCUGCCAUAACUCCCUUUCCCCUUCCCCAGUCCAGGCAUGGGGCCAGGGAAUGCAGGGAUCCAGGAGGAAUGAGGGAGAACGGGCUGUCCUGUGCCAUGCUGGGCCAUGCAGCAAUGCAGCACCAUGCCGUGCUGGACCAGGCCAAACCACACUGCCACGGCCAUGCCAGGCAGGACCAAGCCAUAUUGUGCUGGAACAUGCUACUCCAUGCUAUCACGGCCAUGGGGAAUGGACCAUUCCAUGCCCAUUCCAUGCUGUGGUCACGCUGCACCAAGCUGGGCUAUCCCGUGCCAUCCCAUGAUAUCCCAUGCCAUCCCAUGCUAUUGUAUCCCUGCUAGACCAAGCCACGCCAUGCAGGACAGUGCCACUCCUUGCACUUGUGGCCAUUCUGGACCACAUCUCACCAAGCCACAGUGGCCAUUCCAUGCAGGACCAAGCCGUGUCAUGCCAGUCCAUGACACCAGUCCAUGCUGCUACACCCAUGCCAGGCAGAACUGUGCCAUGCCAGAUUGGGCCAGUUGACUCUUCUGUGUCCAUGCCAGGCUGGACCAUGCUUGCUACUGUGGCCAUGCUGAACUAUGCUGGGCUAGGACUGUGGUGUGCCAGUCCAUGCCUGCUCAUGCUGUUGUGGCCAAGGAGAACAGGACCAUUCCAAGCCAGGAAGGGCCAUUCCAAGCCAGGCAGGACCAUUCCAAAAUGGGAAAAACCAUUCCA